AUGUUCUCUAUGGCUCCUGAUCGUCCCAAGCCCGAAGAACUUCCUGUUGCUAACAGGGAAAUCCUGAUGGAGUAUUCCAAGGAGAUGCUUAAGAUGGGCUACCUGAUCUCUGAGCUGCUCUCGGAGGCUCUAGGACUUGAACCAAACUACCUGAGAAAUAAGGACUGCUUGCUGGGACAUUACUUUGUGUGUCAUUAUUAUCCGCCAUGUCCUCAGCCUGAUCGUACUUUGGGGAAUAGCAAGCACACAGACCCCGGUUUCAUCACCAUUCUCCUGCAAGAUCAUGUUGGUGGUCUCCAGGUCCUUCAUCAGAAUCGGUGGGUUGACGUAACUCCUCUGCCGGGGUCCCUUGUAAUCAACAUCGGAGAUUUGCUUCAGAUUAUGUCGAAUGAUAAGUUUAGGAGCGUGAAGCAUAGGGUGCUGGCAAAUCGUAGCGAUGAACCGAGGAUAUCGGCGGCCUGCUUUUUUAGCACCGGCCUAUUACCAAAUCCAACCAUAUAUGAACCCAUUGUGGAGCUGCUAUCUGAAGGGAAUCCUCCCAAAUACAGAGGGACCACAAUCUCAGAAUACAUGAUGUCUGCAACUACAGAACUCGUGGGGGAUUCUCUUCUUCUGCAGUUCAAGCUCUAAGUCCAGAGACUAAGGAGAUAGUUGAUUCGAGAAAAAAAGGUUCUGUACUAGACUAACAAGAUAGAAUUUAAAAAUACGAUGGGGAUCAAAUGUUAAAUAAUGAAGUUUAAUAAUAAAAAUUAGCUUUGUACC